CACUUAAGUAGUUUCUCAGAACGGUCAUUUGAAAGGGAAAUGUCUGAUUAAAAGCAGAUUUUAAUGCGCGAUUUGAUGACGUAAUGCCAAUGGUCAAAUAACAAAUGGCGAACGCACAGAUAGGCCUGUUAGGAUUGAGCAUGAAGCUCAUCCUAAUGUCGGAGCGGCUUUACAUAUUGUCCCACGAUAUUCAGUUAGCUUUGCGGAGAGGUGUGCGAUGAUUAUUUGGAGAGGCUUAAGCCAUGGCUGAUGAGGGGGAGGUGGACUGUGGGCAUGAGUUUCCAGCUCAUUAUAAGGUCAUGCUGGACAAACUCAAUGAGCAGCGCCAACUGGACCAGUUCACAGACAUCACUCUGAUCGUGGAUGGUCACCAGUUCAGAGCCCACAAGGCUGUGUUGGCAGCAUGCAGCCAGUUUUUUCACAAGUUCUUCCAAGACUUUACGCAGGAACCAUUAGUAGAGAUCGAAGGAGUGAGUAACUCUGCUUUCCGGCACCUGAUGGAGUUCACAUACACGGCCACACUGUCUGUGAACGGCAGCGAGGAGAUCAGUGAUGUGUGGAGAGCGGCCGAGUACCUGCAGAUGCAGGAAGCAAUCAAAGCCUUGAACAACAGAAUGAAUUGCAGCACAUCGCUGGUCACCACCGAGGUCCUGGCGGGGAAGAGCAAAGCCAAGAAGAGGAAGAUCGCAGAGACGUCUAACGUUAUCACCGAGACGCUGCCGUCGGUGGAGGGGGAGGAGACGGUGGAGAUCGAGGUGGAGGUGGGGGAUAUGGAGGAGGCGUCCCUUGAGGAGGCGUCCCUUGAGGAGGCAUCCCUUGAGGAGGCAUCCCUUGAAGAGGAGGUGGAUGCGGCCGCCCGCAACGCCCAGGCCUCCUCCGAUGACUCGGCCCUCGCCCUCCUGGCCGACAUCACCAGCAAGUACCGGCCCGGGGAGAUGGCGCUGCCUGGAGGCGACGCCGACAAGUGCCCAGAGGAAGCGGCCGCGGCCGUGGUUGAGGAGGAGGAGGAGCUGGUGCUCCAGGAGGAGACGGUGAUGGCGCCCAAGGCCCUUGAGAGCAUCGAGGUGGUGGAGGUGCAGAUCUCGCAGCUGGACAACAUGUUCCGCUGCGAGAAGUGCGACCGCUGCUUCAAGAUCUUCUACCACCUCAAGCAGCACAUGAAGAGCCACGAGGCGGUGGGCGAGGGUGGUGGCGGGGGCAGCAAGCCGUUCGUGUGCCGCCACUGCGGCAAGGCGUACGCCCGCGAGGGGGCGCUCAAGCAGCAUCUGAACAGCUACCACUACGAGGCAGAGGAGCAGUCACGGCGCCAGCGGCCGCAGAAGAAGGUGCACGUGUGCGAGUACUGCGACAAGCAGUUCGACCACUUCGGCCACUUCAAGGAGCACUUACGGAAGCACACAGGUGAAAAGCCAUUCGAGUGUCCGGACUGUCAUGAGCGCUUUGCCAGAAACAGCACUCUCAAAUGCCACAUGGCAGCUUGUCAGAACGGCUGUGGAGCCAAAAAAGGCCGGAAAAAGCUCUACGAGUGUCAGGUGUGCAACAGUGUCUUCAACAGCUGGGAUCAGUUCAAAGACCACCUGGUGAUCCACACAGGAGAGAAGCCCAACCACUGCACAUUUUGUGACCUCUGGUUCACCCAGCCCCGCGACCUUCGGGCUCACCUGCGCGACCUGCACGGCAUCCAGGACGACGCGGUGACCAGCACCACCACUGCCACCACCCCCAACACCGCAGAAGAGGUGAUCCUCACCGAGGCUUCUGCCGCCGCCGUCCUCUCCGCCUCCGCGGGCGAGGUGGGGGUGGAGGGCACUGAGCUGGUCCUGACCACGGAGGACGGCAUCAGGGUGGAGCACGUGACUGUGGAGCCCAUGGACGUGGUGACUGUGGAAGAGACCCUUGUGGUGGAGGAGGAGGUGGCGGUGGCCUCACACUCUGGGACAGAAGCGGCUCAGCCCAUGGAGGAGCAGGAGGAGCUUGACGUGGAGAGACUAAACGAGCACCAAGCGGUGGAGAUCCAGGUGGGGGAGGUGACGCAUGUGACGGUGUCAGAUGAGCACUUAGACUCUGAGGUGCAGGUGGAGACGGUGGCAGUGGAGGACACUGUGGUUCAGACGGUGGGAGUGGAGGAGUCGGUGGGACUGGAGGACACUGUGGUUCAGUCGGGGGUGGAGGACACUGUGGGUCGGUGGGGGUGGAGGACACUGUGGUAUGAAAAGCCCACCCACAGGGGACUCUUUCAGAGACCUCACUUUGCCUGCUCCCUAUCGCUCCCCUCGAGAGGAAGAGAGACGUCUCGAAUAAUAAACAAAUAAUAUUAUUUAUUUUGAAACAGAGGUCCUCCUUCCAUUGUCUUCCCGUGUCUGCCACUUGGGGCUGAGGUGGCGUCUAUGCUUGAAUGGCGUUUGGUUGUUUUUAGCAGGAAAUGCUGGUAGAAGGAUCAAAUUUUUCAUGUGUUCAUUGUUUGCUUGUUUUUGCGCAUUUCAUAAGACUCCAAUCCCUUUACUCCAGCAAAAGAAAAAAUGACUGUGCUGUUGGUGAAGACAUUCAGUGAUUGAUUGACAAAAAAGGAAAAAAGAGCUUCAGUGUCAAAGAAAAACGGGUUUUAUUUUUGUACACUCACCUUUGUUUUACACAUGGAUUUGUGUUCAGUAGUUAGCAUUGACGUUACUGUUGAGUCGGGGUAUUCCAAGUACAUGAUUUGGGGGCAAACCUGGGUACGUUAACUCGGAGUAAGUGGCAAAAACCCCUAAUAGAAGAGCUCUGGCUUUGUUUUGCUAGGGGAAUAACUUUCCCAAGUGUGUCACUAAACCACGUACUUGGAAUAACCCCCUAUCCUCAGGAUGACAGUUGAGUUUUCCCAGAGGGUACAUAAGGAAGUGACUGCUAAUGGCAGUUUGCAGCUUGUGCACCUUGAUGGCACUUAUACGCACACCUUAUGCAGAUCCCGUUAGGCGUGGAUCUUCUUUUAAGCAAAGGUGUUCAACAGCUCUUCAACAGAUACGAGGAAUGCUCACUGAACCUGGCUUCGUGUUGAUCCUUUUGUAAAAUCAAAAAGUCACAAUUUCAGUCGUCUUUGGCACGAAGAAAAACAGUAUUGCAUUGUCUAAUAAACUUUGAAUUUUAAAACAAGCACACAAAA